AUGAUCCGUCAGUGGCAUCUGACAUCACCGCUUCUCCUCCUGCUCCUGCUAGCCAUCGGCAGCCUGACAGGAGGAGCAGUGGCAAAGAAGUCAGAUGGGCCCAAAAUAGCUCUCAAAGAGCUCGACAUCGCGCCCGCAGACCCCUUUUAUUUCAAAAACUCGGACACGGUUAUGUUUCUGAGUCCGGUGACUGGUGAGGUGUAUCAAUCGUUUGAUGGGGGGCUGGAGUGGAAGGUUGUCGGUAACGAGGAUGUGGAGAGAGUGGAAGGCGUGACGGGCGAUAUGACCAAUGCCGCGGUUCUGAUUCUGCCGCAUCCACACGAUAAUCAAAAGGCGUAUAUUCUCGGUCGGCAUGGGAUCCAUUGGGUGACUACGGAUCAGGGCCGGACAUGGCGUGAGUUUGAGGUUCCAGCGGCUCCGUCCAUGUUUAUCAAUGAGCCCCUUCGGUUUCAUGGCGAGGAUUCGAGUAGAGUCAUCUUUCAGGGUGAGCGGUGUUCGCCGUUUGCCUGUCAGGAAACUGCGUUUGUGACCUUGGAUGAUUUUGAGACGGUUGCGCCGAUGAGGAAUACGGCCAAAGGAUGUUUCUGGGCUGUUGGGAAGCCGGCUUUUGCAGAGUCGACCAGUGAUCUUGCAGACGAGAUUGGCGAUCGGGUGUUUUGUAUUGUGCAUGGACUCAAGAAUCCGUUCCCGGCGGCGUAUCGGCUCGUGUAUUCGGAUUCGUUUUUUCAGGAUGACGAUGACGGGAUUGAGGCGAAGAUUAAUGAAGGGCGGCCCGUCGCGGGUAUCAUAGAUGCUGCUGCUCGGACAAAAUAUAUCAUGGUUGCUGCCAAAUCGCAGGGUACCGAUGAAUUGGCCAUGUUCGUUACGGAUGACGCUAUUGUGUGGCAUCGCGCGGAGUUUGGAAACCACAAGAUUGAAGAAGAGGCAUACACCGUCCUGGAAGGAACGAAUCAUAGUAUCCAGGUCGAUGUGAUGAACACCGAUCGAUCGGAGAAUAUGGGUGUGUUUUUCUCGUCCAAUUCCAACGGCACGUACUUUGCCCGCCAUAUCGAGCACACGAACCGCAAUGCAGGUGGAUACGUUGAUUUUGAGGAUAUUGUUGGAAUCCAAGGUAUCGUGAUAGUCAAUGUUGUGGACAAUUGGGAAGAGAUCGAGAGCGAUUUCGAAGCCGAGAAAAGGGUGAUCAGUCAGAUUAGCUUUGACGACGGACGCACUUUUCAACCGUUGAAAGUCAAGGAUAAGAACUUGCAUCUUCAUUCCGUCACGGAGUUUAGAAAUUUCGGUGCUGUCUUUUCGACACCUGCGCCUGGAAUUGUUUUGGGUGUUGGUAAUACAGGCAGUCAUUUAAAGACCUACGCAAAAGACGGCGAUUUAUACGUCUCGGAUGAUGCCGGUGUGACAUGGCGCUUGGCACUUGAGAAACCACACAAGUACGAGAUUGGCAAUAAAGGUGCUAUUAUGGUAGCAAUCAAGGAUGACGGCAAGCCCACAAAGAAGAUUCAGUACUCUAUCAACCAUGGCAAGGAUUGGGAUACUGCUGAGCUGGAGAAUGAAAUCAAACCCUAUUUCCUCACGACGACUCCCGAUUCGACGAGCCUGAAGUUUUUGCUUGUGGGAUUCUCCGACGAAUCUGAACAGUGGUCCAUCUACGCGAUUGACUUUGAAGGUUUGCAUGAGCGGGAGUGUAAGGACAGCGAUUUCGAGGAAUGGCCUGCUCGAUUGGAUGAAAAUGGUGAGCCUGAUUGUCUCAUGGGACAUAAACAAUUCUACCGACGUCGCAAAUCUGAUGCCGACUGUUUCAUUACUGAGACGAUGUUCAAGACACCUGCACCUGAUUUCAAGCCCUGCAAAUGUACCGCAGAAGAUUUUGAGUGUGACUACAACUUUGUGCGCUCGGAAGAUCGAAAGGAAUGUGUGCCUGCUACUAUUCUCAAAGCACCUGAAGGUACUUGCAAGAACGACGAUGAUACUUUCAAGGGUCCUUCGGGAUGGAGAUUGAUUCCCGGAAAUGCUUGUCUUCGUGAUGGAGGCGAGGAACUUGACAAGGAAAUUGACCGUCCCUGCAAAGAUGCUCUCAAGGCACCAUCUGGCGACGCCAAAGCGAUCAGCUCGACGCUCAACUAUAUUGAAGGAGACGGGUUCAAAAGGUUCUACUAUCUGGAGCGAGCCGGCAGCAGUCGCGGCGAGGACGAGACUGUUGUCAUGCUGACUCAUGAUGGUAAACUUUAUGUAACUCACGACCAUGGCAAGACUUGGACACACGAACUCAAGGAUGUCAAGGUGAAGGAGAUUGCGCCGCAUAGGUAUUUGAACGACCGUGCGUUCUUCCUGACUAGUGGCAAUAAGCAGUAUUAUACGAUCAACCGUGCAGAGAGCUUUGACUCAUUCACUGCUCCUGCUGAACUGGAUAACGUAGAGAUUACAGUUUUGGACUUUCAUCAAAAAUACAAGGAUUGGAUGAUCUGGACUGGCUUCAAUGAUUGUAGCCAUGGCGAAUGUCCCAGAUCUUCUUAUAUCACCAAGCAUCGCGGCGAUAGCUGGGAGAUCUUGCUUCGUACAGUGGAAAGGUGUGACUUUAUGGCACGGGAAGAUCGUGCCGACAGCGACGACUUGAUUUUCUGCGACCAACAUGAAGGCGAAGAUGUGAAUGGCAAGCGUACGCUUGUGACGAGUAAUGACUUUUUCGAUACGUCCAAUACGCCUUUGACCGAUAUCAACGAUUACGCAACAGCGGAGGAAUUCAUUAUCGUCGCCACGCCGAACCCAGAGAAUGAGAACUCCAUGAAGUUCGACGUUAGUGUCGAUGGCGUGACGUUCGCUGAUGCGGAGUUUCCUUAUAAUUUAGAUGUGCCUGAGCAGUUGGGAUACACGGUGUUGCAGAGUACUACUCAUUCGGUGUUUUUGCACGUCACACUCAACAAGAAUGACGACCAGGCGUAUGGUCUGCUCAUCAAGAGCAACAGCAACGGGACCUCUUAUGUGCUUAGUCUCAACGACGUGAACCGCAACAAUGCAGGAUACGUCGACUUUGAGAAGUUGCAAGGACAAGAAGGCGUUGUGAUAGCCAACAUUGUGAGCAACACGGCAGAUGUCGAGAAAGGCAGCGAGAAGAAAUUAAAGAGCAUGAUUACGCAUAACGACGGCGCUAAGUGGACUCUUAUCCCGCCUCCAGCCAAGGACUCCGAGGGCAAGGCAUACAGCUGUGGCUCGAACAAGUGUUCCCUUCAUCUGCAUGGAUACACUGAACGGAGAGACUUUCGCAAUACAUAUGGAUCUGGGUCCGCCAUUGGCCUUGCGUUUGGAGUUGGUAAUGUCGGCGAGACAUUGGGCAGUAAGGCCGAUGCUAGCACUUUUUUCAGCCGUGAUGGCGCUAUCAGCUGGAAGGAGGUCAAAAAGGGCAAUUACUUGUGGGAGUUUGGCGACCAGGGUUCUGUCCUGGUCCUCGUUGACGCAGGUCAACCCACACGCGAUAUUCUUUUCAGCACCGACGAGGGAGAUACGUGGGAGACGUAUCAGUUUUCUGACAACGAGGUCUCAGUGCUGGAUCUUUCUACUGUGCCGUCCGACACUUCAAAGAAUUUUUUGAUCUGGGGUACAGAGGUCGGUUCUGAUGAGUUUGUAACUGUCAAUCUUGACUUUAGUGGCCUGCGUGACCGGACAUGUAAUUUGGAUGAGGAUACUGGCGAGGGCGAAGAUUACUAUCUCUGGGAGCCGAAGCAUCCUCUUCAAGAGGGUAACUGUCUGUUUGGUCAUGUGGAGCAGUAUCACCGCAAGAAUCCCAAGUCGCAUUGUUGGAACGAUUGGUCCGAGGCGCAUGUGCAUAGUAUUUCGCACAAUUGCUCUUGCACGAUGGAGGAUUACGAGUGUGAUUACAACUACGAGCGCCAAAGCGACGGAAGUUGUACCUUGGUACCCGGUCUCGCCAAACCAAACGCUGUCGAAUACUGCAAAGAGAAUCCAGACGCCAUCGAAUACUGGGAACCGACAGGCUUCCGACGUAUCCCGCUUACUACCUGUGUUGGCGGCCAAAACCUCGACCGCUGGGAAUCGCGCCCCUGUCCAGGCCACCAGGAAGAAUAUGAGCGCAAACACGGCGCCAGCGGCGUCGCCAUCUUCUUUGCUAUCAUCGUUCCCGUCGCCAUUGCAAUCGCCGUUGGUUACUGGGUUUAUACACACUGGGAUGGUAAAUUUGGGCAAAUCCGGCUCGGUGAAGGUGGAGCUCAAUCGUUCAUGACUUCUCGCGGCGAUUCGCCGUUUAUUACGAUCCCUGUCGCGGUUAUUGCGGCCACGGUGGCUGCAAUCAAGGUACUGCCGUUGCUGGUCGUGUCUCUCUGGCGAAGCGUCAGUGGCUAUGUACGGUUACCCGGCAGCAGGGGUCCGCGACCGUACGCGACGAGAGCUGCGUUUGCUUCCAGGAGGGGGGAUUAUACGAAUGUCGUAGAUGACGAAGAUGAGUUGUUGGGCGACGAUGAGUUUGAAGAUGAAGAGGGCGAGGAGGAGAGGAGUUGA